AUGGGCAACGUAUUAGCAGUUGCAGUAGUAGGAGUUGUUUCAACUAUUUCAACUCUUAUCACAGCUAUUAUUUCUUCUCCAAGGCGACAGAACUCUACGGUCACGGCAAUCGAUACCAGCCUGAAGGAGGCGGAGGCAAAGGCAAAGACGGAGGAGUUGAAAAAGGAGUUGAAAAAGGCACAAGAUGCCUGGUUCCAAGGCAUUCCUCCAGACAAAAUGCCAGACGAAGAGCAAGUUAAAAGGCCAAGUCUAUGCUCAAAGACCCUAAUGGCCUUUUUUACCAUUUCGCUGUUGCUGGAUAUACUG